ACCCUUCAGCUGUGCUGCCUCUGUUGCAUGUCUCGUGCAGCAACUUUAACCAGUGACAGCAUCAGUGAAUUGAAUCAUGAUUAUGUAUUUGUGACACCUGUCAAAGUGGAUUCCAGUGGAUCGUACAUUUCACAUGAUGUUUUGCACAGUACUAGGAGAAAGAGAUCAACUCAGAGUUCAAAGAGUUCCUUGCACUACAAAUUUUCAGCAUUUGGACAGGAACUUCACUUAGAACUUAAACCUUCGACCAUUUUAAGCAACAGUUUUAUUGUCCAGGUACUCGGGAAAGAUGGAGUCUCAAAUUCUCAGGAACAUGAAAUUGAGCAGUGUUUCUACCAGGGAUUUAUAAGGAAUGAUAGCACCUCUUCGGUAGCAAUAUCUACAUGUGUAGGCUUGUCAGGUUUGAUAAGGACACGGAAGAUCGAGUUCCUUAUUUCUCCAUUACCUCAGCAGCUAGCACAGGAGCACAACUACACAUCACCUGCUGGACACCAUCCUCAUGUAUUAUAUAAACGAACUGCAGAAGAGAAGGUGCACCGGUACACAGUACAGUCGAAUCCCAAAUACUUUUCUUUUGGUCAUCACAGAAUUCCCACUUCCCACAAGUAUCAUGCUCAAGCGAAUGGUUACCACCAUGGAAAGUUUCAAAAGCAACAUUUUUGUGGACGUCGCAAGAAAUAUGCACCUAAGCCACCCACAGGAGAAACAUACAUUCGCUCGGAUGAAUACGGGACUUCUGCAAGGUUCAAAAGGUCAUCUGCUAAAAUUCAGAAAAAUGGAAGUUUAAAUGUUGAAACCCUUGUUGUGGCAGAUAAAAAAAUGUUGGAGAAACAUGGCAAGGAAAAUGUAACAACGUACAUCUUAACAGUUAUGAAUAUGGUCUCUAGUCUGUUUAAAGAUGGAACAAUUGGAAGCGAUAUAAACAUUAUCGUUGUGAGUCUUCUUCUUUUGGAACAAGAGCCUGGUGGAUUACUGAUUAACCACCAUGCAGACCAGUCACUGAACAGCUUUUGCCAAUGGCAAUCUGCUCUGGUUGGGAAGAAUGGGAAGCGCCAUGACCAUGCCAUCUUGCUUACAGGUUUUGAUAUCUGCUCUUGGAAAAAUGAGCCCUGUGAUACUUUAGGGUUUGCACCUAUCAGUGGCAUGUGCAGCAAAUACCGUAGUUGCACCAUUAAUGAAGAUACAGGCCUUGGACUGGCUUUUACAAUUGCUCAUGAAUCUGGACACAACUUUGGUAUGAUUCAUGAUGGAGAAGGAAACCCUUGUAGAAAAGCUGAGGGUAAUAUUAUGUCUCCCACACUCACAGGAAACAAUGGAGUGUUUUCUUGGUCUGUAUGCAGCAGGCAGUAUCUCAACAAAUUUCUCAGUACAGCUCAAGCUGCCUGCCUGAUUGAUGAACCUAAGCAAACAGGACUGUAUAAAUACCCUGACAAACUGCCAGGGCAGAUCUAUGAUGCUGAUACCCAGUGCAAAUGGCAAUUUGGAAUGAAAGCAAAACUGUGCAACCUCAGCUUUGUAAAGGAUAUAUGCAAAUCUCUCUGGUGUCACAAAGUGGGUCAUAGGUGUGAGACAAAGUUCAUGCCAGCAGCAGAAGGCACAGCUUGUGGUAUAAGUAUGGUACCGCUAACUUUGAUGGGAUAUUCUUUGGCAUUCUUUUGGCAGUGGUGUCGAAGAGGACAGUGUGUCAAAUAUGGUGAUCAUGGACCCAAGCCUGUAAAUGGCCAAUGGUCUGCCUGGUCCGAGUGGUCAGAGUGUACUCGCACUUGUGGAGGUGGGGUCACAUAUCAAGAAAGACACUGCAAUAAUCCAAAGCCACAGUAUGGUGGCAAAUUCUGCCAAGGUUCCAGUCGUAUUUAUCAACUUUGUAAUAAUCAGCCAUGCCCAGCAGAGAGUUUGGACUUCCGUGCCCAGCAGUGUGCAGAAUACAACAGCAAACCUUUCCGGGGAUGGUACUACAAAUGGAAGCCAUAUACUAAAGUGGAAGAGGAAGAUAGAUGUAAAUUGUAUUGCACAGCUGAAGACUUUGACUUUUUCUUUGCAAUGUCCAGCAAAGUGAAGGAUGGAACUCUGUGUUCUCCAAAUAAAUAUGAUGUUUGCAUUGAUGGAAUAUGUGAACAAGUAGGGUGUGAUCAUGGACUUGGUUCCAAAGCUGUAUUGGAUGCUUGUGGAGUUUGUAAAGGAGAUAAUUCAACAUGCAAGUUCUUUAAAGGCCAAUACUUGAUCCAGCACAAAGCUAAUGACUAUUAUGCCGUGGUCACUAUUCCAGCAGGAGCACGCAGUAUACAGCUCCAUGAAAUGCAAAUCUCCACCAGCUACCUUGCAGUGCGCAACCUCAGUAAAAAGUAUUAUCUAACAGGAGACUGGACCAUUGACUGGCCAGGAAAGUUCUCUUUUGCUGGAACAGUUUUUGAUUAUCAACGCUCUUUUAACCAUCCAGAGAGUCUAUAUGCAGCAGGACCGACUAAUGAGACGCUGGUCUUUGAA